CUCCUCUCUUUUCUCUCUUCUUCCCCAGAGAACACUCUACUGCAAACAAACACCCAUUGAGAUUCAAUGUCCCGCUAAACCCUUCCUUUUUUUAACUCUUUAUUACUACUUGUUUAACGACUAGUAGCUCUUCAGUCGCGCUUAUGCGUUUGCACUCUAUCUUCACUUCUCAGGACUACAUCUCGGAUCACCUCUGGAAAGCUUCUGGAAGCUUCUGAACAAACCCCAAUCGUCUCGUGUCUUUCGUCUAAUUCGCAUACUCGUAAAAAACCAUCCAUAUAAUGUUCGCUCGAGUCUUCAGGGCGAUGCCCGCCAGGGCUCCCGCCUUCCCCUCUGUCAAUGCUGGCAUCCAGUCCCGCUUCAUGGCUACGGUUCGCCAGAAGCCUACUUCGGAACGUGCCACUUUCACGAUCCGAGAUGGUCCUAUCUUCCACGGAAAGUCCUUCGGAGCCCGCUCCAACAUUUCCGGUGAGGCCGUCUUCACCACCUCGCUGGUCGGUUACCCCGAGUCUUUGACCGAUCCGUCCUACCGGGGCCAGAUUCUGGUCUUCACCCAGCCCCUCAUUGGCAACUACGGUGUCCCGUCCUUCCAGAAGGACAACCACGGUCUGCUCAAGUAUUUCGAGUCUCCCAACCUGCAGGCCGCCGGUGUCGUCGUUGCCGAUGCUGCGGAGCGCUACAGCCACUGGACGGCUGUCGAGAGUCUUGGAGAAUGGUGUACUCGUGAGGGCGUUCCGGCCAUCUCUGGCGUCGACACCCGUGAAAUCGUCACCUACUUGCGGGAGCAGGGUUCGUCUUUGGCCCGUAUCACCGUGGGUGAGGAGUACGAUGCCGACCAGGAUGAGGCCUUUACCGACCCUGAGCAGAUCCACCUCGUCCGCCAGGUCAGCACCAAGGCUCCCUUUCACGUUAGCGCUGCGGACCCCCAGUGCCACGUCGCUGUCAUCGACUGUGGUGUCAAGGAGAACAUUCUGCGUAGCUUGGUCAGCCGUGGCGCCAGUGUUACCGUGUUCCCCUACGACUUCCCCAUCCACAAGGUCGCCCACCACUUCGACGGUGUCUUCAUCUCCAACGGUCCCGGUGACCCGACUCACUGCCAGGACACCAUCUACCACCUGGGCCGCUUGAUGGAGUCCUCCCAGCUUCCCAUCUUCGGUAUCUGCUUGGGUCACCAGCUCUUGGCCUUGGCCGCUGGUGCCCGCACCGUCAAGCUCAAGUACGGUAACCGUGCUCACAACAUUCCCGCUCUGGACAUGAGCACCGGUCGCUGCCACAUCACCAGUCAGAACCACGGUUACGCGGUUGACACCACGACCCUGCCCUCUGACUGGAAGCCCUACUUCACCAACCUGAACGACGCAAGCAACGAGGGUAUGAUCCACAAGUCUCGCCCCAUCUUCAGCACUCAGUUCCACCCCGAGGCCAAGGGAGGUCCGCUUGACUCCUCGUACCUCUUCGACAUCUACCUCGACAGCGUGCUGAGCUACAAGAACAACCAGGCCCAGUUCCAUCCCCAGCGAGACAGCCGCCCCAACCCUCUCUUGGUUGACAUCUUGGCCAAGGAGCGUGUUGGUGUGCAGCCUACCAUUGGUAUGCAGAACAUUGCUGCCGCCGCGGCCGCUGCUGCUGCUGGAUCUGCUUAAUUUGUUUGAGUUCUUGAGCAUUGGAGUUUUGGUUGGAUAUAGCUUAGGUCAUUGUUUUUACAUCAUUAGUCAAUAUACGUUGGUAUGAUUUGCUAUUUAAUCUCCCCAGGUAAUGUCUAAAG